AUGGCUCCCUCGGAGGAUCCUAUUGCCAUCAUUGGCACUUCAUGCCGAGUUGCUGGGGCAAACAAUCCGGCUGAGCUUUGGAGCUCCCUACUGAAGGGAGAGGACCUACAAUCCAGUACCGACCGGAUGCUUUUGGAAGUUUGCUGGGAGGCGUUCGAGAGCGCAGGCAUCGCUCUGGAGAAACUUCGUGGUUCCGACACCGCUGUCUAUGCGGGUCUCUUUGUCAAUGACUAUGGUACCAGCCUGCUGCGAGACAUAGAUGCAACGCCCAAAUAUCAUUCAACCGGGACCGCAAAUUCAAUCGCAGCCAACCGUGUCAGCUACUUUUUUGACCUUCGCGGUCCCUCCAUGGUCAUCGAUACCGCCUGCUCAUCGACUAUCACUGCUCUGCACAUGGCCUCAAACGCCCUGAGAGCCGGUGACGCGCAACAGGCCGUCGUCUGCGGAGCGAAUAUCAUACUCAAUCCCGACAUGUUCGUCACGAUGAGCGAGUUGGGAUUUCUCAGCCCUCGCGGGCGGUGUCACUCAUUCGAUGCCUCUGGCGACGGCUAUGCGCGUGGCGAAGGCGUCAUGGCCAUUGUUCUGAAGCCCUUGAGCCAGGCAAUCGCUGACAAUGAUCCCAUACGCGCGAUCAUCCGCGGCUCUAGACUCAAUCAAGAUGGCCGGACGAACGGCAUCACGCUGCCUUCGGGCGAAGCACAGGAAGAUAACAUCCGGAAGUUGUACUCGAGUAUCGGCGUAGAUCCGAGCGAGGUCGACUACCUUGAAGCACACGGAACAGGUACCAAGGUGGGCGAUCCGAUCGAGCUAGGCGCAAUUGAACGCGUGUUCACAACAGUACCGCGCCGCGAAAAGCUUAUCGUGGGUUCGAUCAAGUGCCACGUUGGCCAUCUCGAAGCGUGUGCUGCCCUCAUUGGCAUUAUCAAGACGAUUGAAUGUCUGAAUCGAGGAGCCAUCCCGGCCCAGCUGCAUAUCAAGGAGCUAAACCCCAAGAUCAAUUUCAAGGACCUUCACAUUCCCCAAGAGCUCCUGCAGUGGCCGCAAAAGAAUCAGAUUCCGCGCUUGGCAGGCGUCAAUUCCUUUGGUUUCGGUGGUGCUAACGGCCAUGUUGUGCUAGAGCAGUACAUUCGCCCACAAACCACAGCUCCUCUGAACGCUUCCCGGCCACAUUUAGUCAGGCUCUCCGCCGAGACGGACUCAGCCCUUGCGCAGAGCCGUGCCGAUCUUGCUGCAUAUCUAGUCGAUCAAAAGAGCCCCCUCGGCGACGUCUCGUAUAUGUCUCUGCUGCGCCGAUCGCUUCUGCAAAAGUCGCAAUAUUUUGUAGCUUCAACGCUCGAGGAUCUCGUCCUUCAACUACAGGCCGGUCCUGGCGAAGCUGCGCCGCCAGUCAUCUCGUCUUCUGGGGGAGAUGGUCCCCGAAGCUUCGCCUUUGUAUUCACUGGACAGGGUGCCCAAUGGGCGCAGAUGGGUAGUAUGCUAGUGGAUGUCUGUCCGGCCUUCACGGAGACAAUCGAUCAAUGCGAUGCGAUUCUCGCAUCAUUGCCCGAAGCGCCGUCGUGGAGUAUCCGUGACGAGCUCGUCCUCCCUCCGAGCCAUUCCCACAUCACGAGUUCUCGCUACUCUCAGCCUCUCUGCACAGCGCUUCAGUUGGGUCUGCUGGCAUUCUGUCGAAGCAUUGGCUUGCAACCCAAAGCGACCGUCGGACAUUCGUCAGGCGAGAUUGCCGCAGCUCACGCUGCGGGUAUCCUGUCGCUGCGAGAUGCAAUCAUUAUCGCUUACUAUCGUGGUGUUUUCAUGAGCGCCGCUUCAGCCAACAAGCCUGGUGCGAUGGCGGCCAUCACUAUGACCGCUGUUGAGUGCACUGAAAUGCUCAAAACAUACAACGGCCGAGUCGACUUGGCAUGUAUCAAUUCCCCGUCGAGUUGCACCAUUUCCGGCGACGCGGAGUGCAUCGACGAAAUAGUCGCACGCUUCAAGGAAGAGGGCAUAUUCUGCCGCAAGCUUCGUGUGGAUACCGCUUUCCACUCGCAUCAUAUGCUGCCACUAUCCAUUCCCUGUCGCUCCCGCCACGCCCGCACCGGAAAACGCUGUAGUCAUGUACUCAUCCGUUUAUGGACGCGCCAUCGACCCGACUGA